AGUUUUAAUUAGAUUAUUGGGGUAGAGAGAAUUUUCAAAAGGAAAGGGCUACGACAUAAACAUCCAGAGAUAACUUUGCAGUUGCCGUGGAGCGAACACCAUUCAUGGGUUUAACACGAUUUGGGCGUCCGAAGGGAGGAAAAGGGCAGUCGAGCCCCAACCUAUACGUGGCCAACUGUGGGCCAGCAGUGGGACUCUCCUACGACACCAUAGCGGCGGUGUUUGCGGCCUUCGGUGAAAUCAAAGGAGUGUACGCGGCUGACGAGAGCGGCGCUCGGGUUGUUGUGUCUUUUGCAGAAGAGGGUUGUGCCCAAAACGCCUUGAAUGCAUUGGGCGGUCGGCCUUGCCCUGAGCUUGGAGGGCGCUCCUUGCACAUUCGGUACUCUGUGAUUCAGCCCACUUCGCAGGGCCGAGCAAAUGAUUCAGUUCCCGUAUCUUUGUUGGCUUCAGAUUUAAACAUUCCUGGCCUUUACUUGUUUCAUGACUUUGUCACUGCCAAAGAAGAGGAGGAGUUACUUGCAGCAGUUGAUGAAAGGCAUUGGAAUAAUCUUUCGAAAAGAAGGGUUCAACAUUAUGGCUAUGAAUUUUGUUAUGAAACAAGGAACGUUGAUUCUAGAAAGAACUUAGGUGAACUUCCAAGAUUUGUAUCCCCUAUACUUGAAAGGAUAUCUAUGCUUCCAAACUGCAAGGAUGAUGAAGCUAUUGUUUUGGACCAGUUAACGGUUAAUGAGUACCCAUCUGGGGUGGGUUUGUCCCCACAUAUAGACACCCAUUCUGCUUUUGAGGGAUUAAUUUUCAGCCUUUCAUUAGCAGGACCUUGCAUUAUGGAGUUUAGAAGAUAUCUGGAAGGCGGGUUGCCUCCUAGACCUUCCUCAAGUUCUGAUUUUGAAGUGGAAUGUUCUGAAAAGAAUUCAAAUUUAAGGAGGGCAAUCUAUCUUCCUCCUCGGUCUAUGCUACUGUUAUCUGGGGAGGCGCGCUAUGCGUGGAAUCAUUACAUUCCACACCAUAAGAUUGACAUGGUGAAUGACAGUGUGAUAAGGCGAGGCUCAAGGAGGGUGUCGUUCACACUUCGUAAGAUUAGAACAAGUCCUUGCCAAUGUGAAUUUCCGGAAUAUUGCGACUCUCAGAGAUUAAAUGGGAUGAAAUUCCAGGAUCAGUAAAUGGCAAUCCAUGUAGCGAAGUUCGCUGCUGGUCUUACAAGGAGUAGAAAUCACGAAAAAAGGAAGACAAACUUAGAUUUUGUUGUCCGAAGCAUUUACAGAUUGUUGUAACAAUUUCUUAUACUGUAGAAUUGUCGAAAUUUACCUGAGGAGAAAACAUCAAGUGAAAUAUUUUGGCCAUUUUUUUCUUUCUGAAAAUUGGAAAAUCCUGUUGCUUAAAGCAAUUGCUAGAGCAUAA